AUGAGACACGAGCCUCACAUCGGCAAAACGGCCCACAGAGUCGAGCAAAGCAGAAUCUAUUGCGCUCAAAGCCCAGAAUCAGCAGGACGAGGAAAGCGUGGCGUCAGCAGAAGCCUAAAGCUCUUCAUUGUGAGAUCUUUGUGCAGCGGCUCUCGCGAGAUCUUGUGGCCCGUAUAUAUUGACCCGUCCAACUUUCGCUCUCACACGUUGGUGCGUGUGGCUGAGUUUGGACAUAAUCCAGUGGAGAUGUCGCAGUAUUCUGGAAAGUGUGGUGUGUUGCUCUAUGUCCAGCACGGCGAGCAGUACCACAUGCAGCUGUUCGAGGGCUGUAACUACACGGGGCAGUGCAUGGAUCUGUGUGACGACUGUCCCUUCCUUCAGAGCCGCGGGUUCAACACUAACUGCAUCAACUCUGUGCGAGUGUUCGGAGACGGAGCGUGGGUGAUGUAUGAAGAGCCGAACUUCCGCGGCCGCAUGUACAUCGUGGAGCGAGGUAAUUACUGCAGUCAUAACGAGUGGCAGGCGCAGAACCCCAACAUCCAGUCCAUCCGGAGGAUCGUCAACUACUUCUAAACCCUCCAGCAUCUUCACCGGGACCCUGUUUCUCUCUCAACAUGUAAAAUAAACUCUAAACCACAGUCAAGAUGGUAUUUUAUCACA